GCCUUCCAGCGCGGCCUCGUCACAGGGGGAAACGAGGGCGGAGGGACGAGAGGGGGGUUUCUUCUUCAUCCAUCGGCGUGGAUUUUGGGAAGCGUUCGUACUCCGGCUGGCGGGAAUAACGCAGAUGGCCUGAAAUCUCCAAAUUCUCCCGUCUUCGUUUUUUUUUUCGACGAUUCCGAGCGGCCGUCGGAGCAAAAAAAACACCCCAAAAAAACGCCAUUUAUUUGCAUGGUGCCGAAAAUGAGGGAAAGUAUGCCACAGAGCCCUAUUUUCCCCAGCAUGUUCGGCUCCACCUGUAGCGAAGAGGUACAACCGGAAAUGGGGGAGCAAUGUGGAGACCCCGUUUACCAAGAUGGCAACCUGAUAUCUGGCUCCUUGGAAGCUCUGAUCGAGCGGCUUGUGCCCACCGUGGACUAUUAUCCAGACAGGACCUACAUCUUCACGUUCUUACUGAGCUCCCGCGUCUUCACCCACCCCCACGAGAUCCUCGCCAAAGUGGGGCAGAUCUGCAUCAAGCAGAAGCAGCAGCUGGAAUCAGGACCAGAAGCUGAUAAGGCCAAACUCAAGUCCUUCGCUGCGAAGAUCAUCCAGCUGUUGAGGGAAUGGACGGAGACGUUUCCCUUCGAUUUCCAAGACGAACGGGCCAGGAAGGAGCUGAAGGAGAUUGCUCAAAGGAUCACUCAGUGUGACGAGGAGAACGCUACAAUCAAGAAGAGCAUCAGUCAGAUGACUCAGAAUGUGCUGGUCGCCCUCUCCACUCGUGGACAAUUUCAGGAGAUCCGGGAGAAGAUCCGACAGCCCGUGACCGAUAAGGGGACCAUCCUCAAGACCAAGCCCCAGUCAUCCCAGAAGGAUAUACUGAGCGUCUGUGGGGACCCGCUGGUCCUGGCCCAACAGCUUACAACUAUCGAACUGGAGAGACUAGGAAACAUUUAUCCUGAAGAUCUGAUGAAGAUCAUAAGUCAUAUGGACUGUUUGGAUAACCACAAGUGCCGAAGUGAUGUCUCCAAAACCUAUAACCUAGAAGCUUACGACAACUGGUUUAACUGCCUGAGUAUGCUGGUGGCCACCGAGAUUUGCAGGGUGGUGAAAAAAAAGCAAAGGACCAGGGUGAUGGAAUUCUUCAUAGACGUGGCACGGGAAUGCUUCAACAUUGGCAACUUCAACUCCAUGAUGGCCAUCAUAUCUGGGAUGAACCUCAGUCCUGUGGCGAGACUCAAGAAAACCUGGUCGAAAGUAAAAACAGCCAAAUUCGACGUCUUGGAGCAUCACAUGGACCCCUCGAGUAAUUUUUGCAAUUACCGAACAGCCCUACAGGGGGCAACGCAGAGAUCCCAAAGUGCCAACAGCAGCAGGGAGAAAAUAGUCAUCCCCGUUUUCAACUUGUUUAUCAAAGACAUCUUCUUCUUACACAAGAUCCACCCGAACCGUUUACCCAACGGACACGUCAACUUCAAGAAAUUUUGGGAGAUCUCGAGGCAGAUCCAUGAUUUCCUGACGUGGAAGCAGGUGGAAUGUCCGUUCGAAAAAGACAAGAAAAUUCAGACCUACCUUCUGACUACACCCAUAUACACUGAAGAAGCACUCUUUGUGGCCUCCUUUGAAAAUGAAGGUCCAGAUAAUCAUAUGGAAAAGGACAGCUGGAAAACUCUCAGGUCAACGCUUUUAAAUAGGGCCUGAGAGAUCGUCCACCGGGAGCGCACAAAAGGAGUGUUUUUAUUUUCAUUUAAUAUUAUCGUUUCGAGAAGAACGUUAUUGGUCAGAAGACGAGCCUCGCUGGCUGAGGGGAGAGUCUACUGUUUUUUUGUGUGUUUUUUUUUAUGUGUAUUUUUUUUUUUGUAUAUACAAAUUUCAGAGCCUUCUAAAGAGUAACCUAAUAGAAAUAUAAGUUUAUACAUAUGAGUAUAUAUAUAUUUCGCUCUUUAAGCACUUAUAUAAGAAAAAAAGGGAUUUUUUUUUUUCUUCAUUGUAUCGUUUACAAAAAAAAUUUACAAAUUUAACCCUUUGCUGCUGGUAUGGCGUAGACACAACGCAGGGGUUCUGUGUCGAAGUGCAGAAAACAAAUCUAAUGAAUGUGUCAGAAAAAAAGGGGGUUAACCCUCUUAUAAAUUGUUAUUUAAGGGCAGGGCCCUUUUUUUUC